CGCAGAGCAAAGGCUGCCUUUGUGAUGUUAGUCCGGAAUGAGGACUUGUACGCAGCCCAAAGCAUUGUGCAACAGAUCGAGGACCGAUUCAAUCGCAAUUAUCAGUACCCAUAUGUGUUCUUGAACGACAAGUCAUUCAGUUCCAGCUUCAUGGAUGGGAUGCGGAUAAUGUCCAGAGCAAAUAUGACAUUUAGCAUGGUGCCAAAAGAUCACUGGAGUUACCCAGAGUGGAUCUCGCUGAAGAAGGCAGCUGAGACGAGGAAGAAGAUGAAGAACAUCAUUUAUGGCGCGAGUGAGAGUUAUCGGCACAUGUGCAGGUAUCAGUCCGGCUUUCUGGUUCAGCAUGAGGCCAUGAGCGAGUACGAUUACUACUGGCGUAUUGAGCCGGACGUACAGUACUCCUGCGACAUUGACUUCGACCCCUUCCUCUAUAUGCAGGACAACAACAAGAAAUAUGCAUUCACCAUAUCGUUAUACGAGUACCCUGAAACCAUUCGAGGUCUGUGGAACUCGAUCAAGGAGUUCAUGGCAACCUAUCCGCAUUUCCUGGCGAAGAAAAAUGCGUUGGGUCUCAUCUCAGACAAUGGCGGUCAGACGUAUAACAACUGCCACUUCUGGUCCAAUUUCGAGAUCGUGGAUGCGCGCUGGAUGCGAGGCGCCGCAUUUCAACAACUCUUUAACCACCUCGACCGUCCGGGAGGGUUCUUUUAUGAGCGCUGGGGUGAUGCCCCGGCGCACUCAAUUGCAGCGGCUCUGCUGCUUUCCAUCGACGAGUUGCAUUUCUUCCGGGAGAUCGGAUACUAUCAUCAACCGUUCUAUAACUGCCUUGCAGAACCGGGAUUUCAAGAAAAAUGUCAUUGCGACCCGGCUCUGAAUGCGAAUCGUGAGCGCUUUUCAUGCACAGCCAAGUUCCUCGAAAUGGCAGGCGGCAAACGGAUGGUUUACCCUGAAGAACUGGAUGGUUAUUAUUAAACCCUUCUGCCCUCGCCCCCACCCUUUGCCCUGCAUGUAUUCUCUGGCAUAUAUAACCCUCAAUAUAGUACAUAAUCGUAUUCCAGAGAAAAGCGCUAUCUCUAUCCUCUAUCAAUCCUAACACGGUGUAGCGUCGGUAGACUAUGUGGGAAGCCGGCGACAUCCAAAGAAAAGUUGUCUCGUAAGCAAAAG